AUGCCUCCAGACAUCGCUGUGGGCAGCAUCAAGCGUGUUCGCCAGGUCAGCGCAGACAACAUCGUGGUGCAGCAAGCACCAAAGCGCGCGAAACGAGACGAGCAGCCUGACGAGCGCCUGUCCCCUGGCGAUCUUGGCCUACCUCGCCAUCCCGCGUACCACCCGAGUGCCGCCCGACUGGAGAAGACUCUCAUCGACUACAUCGAUCGCACUUUGUCGCUGGUGGGCGAGCUCGAAGGCCCUGGGCACACCAAUCGAGAGCUUUAA